AGUUGAUACAGCACCAAGCUAGCUGUUCGUAUCGGUCUUGUUCUGAUUUACGAUAAUAAUGGGGAUCCUAACGGCUUUGUGCUAAUGCAUAAUAUGCAUUUGUAUACACAUUUUGGCUUACAGAUUUAUAUUUUGUUUCCUGUUGUGUAAUAUGUUCUAUACCUUAAAGUUACUGUGAUGGAUGUAGCUCAACAAAUCACGUAUAAUUCAGAUAUAGCGCAAGCUCCUAACCGAGCUGGAUCUAUUGCCUCCGCAGUAUAUAAUGAAGAAAUAUCAGAGGAAGAAAAGGCUUUGGAUGCAGAAAUACUGAAUUUAAAAACUUCAAUUACUGAUGCACAGAAAGCUGUUGCAGAUACAGACUUCUACAAAAUGACUGAGAAUGUACCUGAACUUGGGAGAAUCAAGUUCAAAGUACGUAAACAUUUACGAGGUCAUCUAGCUAAGGUGACGUCUAUUCAAUGGGCCUCUGACAACCAGUUGUUGUUGUCCGCUUCUCAAGAUGGAAAAUUAAUCGUUUGGGAUACAUUUUCUGGAAAGAAAAUUCAUAUGAUUGCUUUGAAAACAGCCUGGGUCAUUGGAUGUGCAUUUUCUCCGUCUAUGAACUUUGUGGCUAGUGGUGGAUUAGAUAAUGUCAUAUCUUAUUUCAAUCUAAAGUCUCAGGACGGCACUGCAGAGUUUGUCCGCGAGUUUACUGGUCAUAAUGGUUACAUCGCAUGUGUUCGAUUCAUUGAUGAUAAUCGAUUACUGAGUUGUUCUGGUGAUAAAACUUGUGCACUAUGGGAUAUCGAGAAGUCUAAAAUCAUUACAAGUUUUCGCGGCCACUCAAAUGAUGUUAACGCCAUUGCCGUGUCGAAGCAGAUGCCGAAUUUGUUUGUCUCCGCGUCUUCAGACCGCACUUGUCGGUUGUGGGAUCUUCGGUGCGGCGAAGGUAUGCAGUAUUUCGAAGGGCACCAGCAAGAUGUUAAUGGCGUUGAUUUUUUUCCCGUCAAUUCUUAUGCUUUCGCCUCCUCUUCCGACGAUGGCUCGUGUCAUUUGUGGGAUCUACGAGCUGAUCAAGCUAUUGGCGUCUAUAUUGAUGACUUCAUUAACUGUGGUAGUAGUAGUGUGGCGAUUUCAAAGUCUGGUCGUCUGUUACUUGCUGGAUACGACGACUUCAACUGUCACGUCUGGGAUCUAUUACGAGAAGAACGUGUCGGAAUCAUGUCCGCCCAUGAAAACCGGGUCUCUUGUGUAACAGUAUCUGAUAGUGGCAUAGGUGUUGCAACUGGGUCAUGGGAUUCUAACUGUCUCAUAUGGACUGCGAAAUAGAAAAACGGCACUUUAAAUUGAUGAAAUAUCCUCCGAAGAUCUGCAUUGUUCACACGAUCAAUCUGUCAUCAGUAUUGCUAAUUGUCUUCCUAUUUCAACGUUUUGAUUGACGUUCAUUCGAGGUAAUUACCUUCGAUCUUUCGGGGUUUUAUCUGAAUUCCUGAAAUCCCCCGCAGACUCUUGUCGGUGUAACGCAUUCUUCUAAACACCGUGCUUGGACUUCCAGUCGACCGACUUUCUCCAAGACGUCCUUACAACGUCUGUUUUAGCAGUAGUGUGUGAAGUAGUUUGUCCAGUUUUCAUUUUCAAUAACUAGAGUUGCGUUAGUAAGUCGAGGAAGUAUUGUAUAAUUAUGGAAAAGUUAAUUACAUUCUUGAUUAUGGAUUAGAUAAUAUUAUGACAAUACAAUACGCUGUAAGUAGAUUAACAUGCAUCCAUACUACUUGUAAAUGAUCACAAUCGGGAUUCUGUACGUCACCUUAUUUGUCUAAUCCGAAACCAACUUAUUUUAUCUGAAUGUUGGCAAGGGCUAGGAUCUCAUAUCAUAGGAACAAUGAAAUUUGAUUACAACAAGCCGUAUUUUGUUAGUGAUGUUCAGCUUGGCUACUGUAUCUUUAAUUUCAUCAUCUGUUAGCCAACGUUUCCAAGUUGUUUAAAUGAUGACUUUGCUGCGGGAUUGGUAGGUAAACUUCAUAGUCAUCUUUAAAUGGGUCAUACCACUACUUUUCUAGGUUGGGUCUGCUUAUCCCUAUAUACAUGUUUUUUUUUGUCUGUAAUGGCUCAAUUGUUUCUGACAGAAAUAAGUGUAUUAUCUUAUUUGGGUUGUAAACUAUCUGUUCUUGUUGGUACUCCUAAAGAUCGAGAACAAAUAUCCACAGUUAGUUUGUUACGUCGUUUGGAGCCUAUUGUAAGACAAAGCCUUUCAGUGGCUUUUAUAAUAAGUUCGUUUCAAUCUCAAAGACUACCGCUGAAAAUUAUUCAGUUGUUCAUGUUUACUUUCUCACUUUUACGGAACUAAGUCUCAAAAAAUAGGCAAGGACAGUUUGAUGUGAAAAUAUUAACAACAAAUGUCGUAUUAUAGUGUAAUUGGUGUCGGGGUUGUAAAUUUGAUUUUCCUGUGGCAGCUAGGUAGCAAGUAGUUGCCUAAGGAUCUACGCAUCUACUCAUAACUUGAUACAUGUAAAAGAACAUGAUCAAAACUUUCUAUGUAAUUGCUGUUGCUUAAAAGUAAAUUUUUUGUAAUAAUGAUUAAGUCAUUUAGUCAUCACUUCUUUUUGCUAUUCAGUAGGGA